UCUAAGGAUGUCCUUAAGUGAGAAUUAAAAAUAAGAAAUAGACCUAUAAAAUUUAUGUUAUGUGACUUUCACCUCAAUUUUAAAAGCCAUAAAAACUAUAUCAGUUCCCAAAGCCUCUCAUACCUCCUUUCCCUAGCCCCUCCAAAGGAAACUGACAUCCUGACUUAUUGGACAUAGUUUUGUCUGCUUUGGAGCUUUAUAUAAAUGGAACAAUACAGUGUAUAGUUUUCUCUUUUUUUUCUUUUUAUUUAUUUAUUUAUUUGCUUAGCAGUGCUUGUAAUUCAUCUGAGUUCAAUCAUUCAGUAGUUUGUUCAUUCUUAUUGCUGCACGGUAUUCCACUGUGGGAACAGACCACAAUUUGCUCAUUCUAGGGUAUAUGGACACUUGGGUUGUUGUCAGUUUGGGACUAUUACGAAUAGUCUAUUGGGUGAACUGCUGGGUCAGAGGAGAGCUGUACAGUCAAUGUUUGUCGACCAAACAGUUUUCCAACUUGAAUGAAUUGGUCUGCGCUCUAACCAGCAGUGGAUGACAGUUCCAGGGGCUCGAUGUUCACCGCAGCACUUGAACAACAGGUGCCCAUCUUGCAAAGAAGGCCACUGAGGCUCUGAGAGGGGCAUAUGCUGCCGCCUCUGGUCAGUGAGAGAUCUGGGUUCCUGCUCUGGCACCUCCUCUCCUCCUGCAUCCUGCCCACACUGUGCCCUCCCAACCUGGCCGUGGGGUGGGGUGGGACAGACAGGGUCACGUGGAGUAGCGUUCAGCAGGAGGAAGCCAGGCAGUGCGCAGAAGGCUGUUGCCGCUCGGGCUGAUCAGGAAAUCAAGGUAAGAGAGGGAGUGUGUGUGGCCCCCAAGGGGAUUUUCUGGGGGCAGGGCUGAGACUGGGGAGGGGGCCGAGAUGAAGGCAGCAUGUGGGCAGACACGAGACGGAACUGUCACCCUCUUGUUCCCCAGGAGAAUCCCCACCAUGGACCCACUAGCAAGAAGCCAGUCCUCCAAAACCCAGCAUGCAGCCCAAACUCCGCUAACCUCCUAUCGCUGGCACACAGGAGGUGGUGGAGAGAAGGGAGCUGGAGGGUUCCACUGGGGCCGCCUUGCCAGCUGGGGGAGGGCACUGAGCCACCAGGAGCCCAUGGUCAGCAGCCAACCUGCCCGUCGCUCGCUGUUCCGUCGUGUCAGCUCUGCGCCCCCCAAGGAGUCUCGCAGGAACCACCUCAGAUUAUCCAAGACCCUCUGGGGGAGGCAUAAGAGCCCAUCAUUGGAGGCAGAGCCGGAGCCAGAAGCCUCAGGUACAUGGCUCCCUCAUUCAGAGCUGGGUCCCAGUACCCCAGCACCUUUUCCUCCACCCAGAGCCUGAGCCAGAGCCGGAGCCCGCGAUGUGCCCGUCUGGAACAUCGAAGCCUUCACUCUGCUCGAUGGGAGGCUGGUGCUGCUUGGGGGUGAGGAAGAGGGUCCUCGCCAGUCCAGGGUGGGGAGCGCCAGCUCUGAGAGCAGCAUCCAGGUGGCCUUGGGGAACCUCAGGGAGGCAGACCGAGUCGCUGGAAAGACUGAGCCGGAGGCUGCUGGCUCCAACCAGGUCCACAACGUCCGGGGGUUGCUCAAACGGCUGAAAGAAAAGAAGAAGGCCAGGGCAGAGCUGGGAGCCAGUGCCUCUCGGGAUGGACCCCCCAGUGCUCUGGGCUCUCGGGAAUCGCUGGCCACACUCUCUGAACUGGACCUGGGUGCCCAGCGGAAUGUGCGGGUUUGGCCAUUGCACCCCAGCCUCCUGGAUGAGCCCCACUGCUUCCAGGUAACCUGGGUAGGCGGGAGCCGCUGCUUCUCUUGUCGCUCGGCUGCUGAGAGAGACCGCUGGAUCGAGGACCUUCGUCGCCACUUCCAGCCCAGCCAGCGCUGGUUCCCGCUGCUCGGGGCGCCCGCCGGCGCGGCGCUGCGGGCGCGCAUCCGGGCACGGCGCCUGCGCGUGCUGCCUUCUGAGCGCUACAAGGAGCUGGCGGAGUUUCUCACUUUCCACUACGCGCGCCUGUGCGGGGCCCUGGAGCCCGAGCUGUCCGCGCAGGCCAAGGAGGAGUUGGCGGCUGCCAUGGUGCGCGUGCUGCAGGCCACUGGCCGGGCGCAGGCAUUGGUGACAGACCUGGGAACUGCGGAGUUGGCACGCAGUGGAGGCCGCGAGGCGCUGCUGUUCCGGGAAAAUACAUUGGCCACUAAGGCCAUCGAUGAGUACAUGAAGCUGGUGGCACAGGACUACCUCCAAGAGACGCUGGGGCAGGUCCUGCGGCGAAUCUGUGCCUCCACUGAGGACUGUGAGGUGGACCCCAGCAAGUGCCCAGCCUCAGAGCUGCCCCAGCACCAAGCCAGACUGCAAAGCAGCUGUGAGGAGGUCUUCGAGAACAUCAUCCACUCCUAUGACUGGUUCCCAGCAGAGCUUGGCACCGUGUUCUCAGGCUGGCGAGAAGCAUGCAAGGCACGAGGCUCCGAGGCACUGGGCCCCCGGCUGGUGUGUGCCUCUCUCUUCCUGCGGCUCCUGUGUCCCGCCAUCUUGGCACCCAGCCUCUUUGGCCUGGCACCACAGCACCCGGCACCUGCCCCGGCCCGCACCCUCACAUUGAUUGCCAAGGUCAUCCAGAACCUUGCCAACCGAGCCCCGUUUGGUGAGAAGGAAGCCUACAUGGGCUUUAUGAGUAGCUUCCUGGAGAAUCAUGGACCUGCCAUGCAACGCUUCCUGGACCAAGUGGCCAUGGUGGAUGUGGAUGCAGCACCCAGUGGUUACCAGGGCAGCAGUGACCUGGCCCUCCAGCUGGCGGUCCUGCAUGCCCAGCUCUGUACCAUCUUUGCUGAACUUGACCAGGCAACCCGUGACAGCCUGGAGCCCCUGCCCACCAUCCUGCAAGCCAUUGAGGAAGGCCGCCCUGUACCUGUGUCUGUGCCGAUGCGUCUCCCACCACCCCCAGCCCAGGUCUAUUCCAGCUUUUCCGCAGGGGAGAAGCCCGGCUUCCUGCCCCCUCGGGACCUCCCCAAGCACACCCCUCUCAUCUCCAAGAGCCAGUCCCUGCGCAGCGUUCAUGGCUCAGGAACUUGGGCCCGGCAGCGGCCAGAUGAGGAGCGGCGGCCCCCACGGCUGCCCCGGCCGGUGCAGCGCACGCAGAGCGUACCGGCUGGCCGCCCGGCUCGCCGCUGCCCUUCUGCAGGACCUCGGCCGCGACCCAAAGGCUCCCUACGCACCGGCCCCAAGCCCCGCGGCCGGCCCUGGACCGGGGCCUCGGCCUCGCUGCCUCGGAAGCCGUCAGUACCCUGGCAGCGCCAGCUGGACCAGCCGCGAGACACAGACCAGGCGCUGAGCACGCACCGACCCGUGGGCAAGCUGGCAGAGCUGCAGUGCGAGGUGGCCACCCUGCGCGAGGAACAGAAGAUGCUGUCCGGCCUCGUGGAGUCGCUGGGCACCCACAUCCGGGCCCUGACGGAGCAGCAGCAGCAGCUUCGCGGCCAGCUGCAAGACCUGGACUCCAGGCUCGGGGGAAGGACCUCGCAUUUGGAUCCAGAGCGCGACCCUCCAAGCGGUGAGGCCCACAAGCUGAAAACUCUGGAACGCCGCCUGGCUGAAAUGGAGAGUUCUCUAGCCCAGCUGAGGGAUGCCGUCCAGAGCCUGCAGCAUCUUCCUAGGACGUCGGGGUCCAGGAGCCAGCCCCUGCCUCUCAAAGAACUCUGCGUUAACGGAGACACCACCUGAGCUGCCCACUCCACCCCACGUGGUCUGGGAGCAAAAAGAUACUGUUUUAGGGGCCCUGCCUCAGCCCUACAUGGCCGACAGGGUGGAGUGGAGCUGUAGAUGGCAACCAGCCUGGCACUGUGUGGUUGCCCAGUAAAAUCUUGAUUUCCGUAAAA